UUAGAUCGUUUCGAUCAACUGCCAUUCAAUUCAAUUUGUGAGUUGUCGAAAGAACGGUUUAUGAAGUUAAUUGGAAACAUUAAUGUAAGCGCUACAAAGUCUUAUUUGUUUAAUAUUACACACGAGUGGAUGAACCAUCAUCAUGAUUUUACAGUUCCUUUUAAUAUCAUUGAGAAUAAGAAAGCAAAAAUGCUGUUACCUUGUAUUAUAUCCUGUGAACAUAAUAAUGGUGAACAAUAUAUUCAUUGCUGGGACGGUAAUGAUUUUUUUGAGCUAACCUCAUUCGAUUAUCCUCCAGAUAUUAUCGAACGUUGUUCCAAGACUGGUAAAUCUCUUGAAGGAAUGCAGAUUACUGGCAAAGGAUACGAUUUGUAUCUUUGUGGCGGAGAAUAUGGUAUUGAUUCAGGAAUAUUUAACAAAAAUAUAUGGCGUUAUUCUUUGAUAUCUAAGAAAUGGAUUCUUGAGACAGAGAUGCCAGUUGAGAGAAAACAUAUGAUUACUGUGUGUUUGAAAAACAAAUUGCUGCUUGUAGGCGGUGUGGGACGGAAUAAACAAAAACUGAAGACUUUUGAUAUCUAUGAUAUUUAUACAGGUAAUUUUAAUAGUGCAAUUAAUUAUUAUUUUCCUGAUAAGAAUGUAUGGAAAUACAGACCCGACCCUCAUCCUUUUUAUUCAAGUUUUGUACCAUCUGUCGAUGUGCCAAUUCUGACGCUUCAAAUUAUGCUAUACAUUGAGUUCACAUUAGUAUGUUUUGCAGAUGUUAUUGACCAAGAGGAGAUGGCUUUAAAAACGAUCACAGAUACAUGCAACGUGAAAGGUUGUAAUCGUAUAAUGCAAACUUUACUUUGCUCAAAAUAUGCAAGAUACGAGAGAUACGAAGAGAUAAUAGACCCAGAACUUCGUUACUGCUUAUUUUGUAAAAUAUAUGGAUAUUCCUUCGUUGAAUCUCCACCCUUUUGCGAAU